UGAACCACUGUGGUGGACAGUAAACAGAGGGAGGGGACAGCGUCCGGACGUCCGAGAGGCUCCAGCCGUUAAAUCCAUAUCCUGCUGUCGUCAUGACUCUCCAUGUUGAGCUGCUAUCGUUACUGUCAGCAUUGCGGAACAGCAGCUGUGGAGAAAUUCAAAGGCAAACAAAAAGAAGACAAUUUACGAGAGGGAUGACAGAGUUGGAAGUCACGAGUUGGAACACACCCUUCUUUGAACUCGACCUUUAGUUUGUUCUCAGCUGCACACCUGUACAGUUUCAGGAGAGCUACUCGCUCACACAGACAUGUAAUCACCUGCUGAAGUACGUAAAACUGCCUCUGUGGUGAUUUUCAGCAUCCAGACAAACCAGUGUGUUAGGACGCGCCCCUCUCAUCAUCAUUGGGCAGCCCAUGCACACGCACGACACCAUGGGUAGCUCCCCAGAGGUGCUGUCCUGGACUUCCUGCCCCAGUUUGUUGGUGGGCAAGCUGAAGGAGGAGCUCAAGCUCACUGUGGUCGGGGACGCCAUGAAGAAAUCCAACCCGCCCAACUCCCAACCCCAGCCUCCUCAGGCCCCUCCCUCUAACCUACCUCCUCAGAUCAUCACGGACCUGGCGCCGCCAACACACCUGCCCGUCCCCGUGCAGACACUGCAGACGCCCGGCCAGGACGAGGACUCUAUGCUGGGGGGGGCAAGCCCCCCAAACACGGCGCUCAGUGUGGACUCCAUGCGGAGCGACGGCGGGCACUUCGACAACAGCGUGCUGCAGAUACAGGAGCAGGAACAGGAAGAAGCUGGGUCACCGGCAUCCUGUGAGCAUGGGUGUGGCAGUGGGAUGGAGGAACAGAUGGUAGAAGGGGAAUGUCCCAUGCACCAGAGUGGAGAGGGGAGACAGAGCCACCAACAUCACCCGGAUGACAUCAAGCUGCAUUUCCAGAGAGCAGGGCCUGGGUCAGGGGGCUUCUUAGAAGGGCUGUUUGGCUGUCUGCGGCCGGUCUGGAACAUUAUAGGGAAGACGUACUCAACAGAAUACAAGCUACAACAGCAAGAAAUGUGGGAGGUUCCGUUCGAGGAGAUUUCGGAGCUGCAGUGGCUCGGCAGCGGCGCACAGGGAGCGGUCUUCCUGGGCAAAUUACGCUCCGAGGAGGUGGCCAUCAAGAAGGUGCGCGAGCAGAAGGAGACCGACAUUAAACACCUGCGGAAGCUCAAGCAUCCCAACAUCAUCAGCUUUAAGGGCGUCUGCACUCAGGCACCGUGCUACUGCAUCAUCAUGGAGUACUGCGCCCAGGGCCAGCUGUACGAGGUGCUGAGGGCGGGAAGGAAGGUGACCCCCAGGAUGCUGGUGGACUGGGCCUCAGGCAUCGCCAGUGGCAUGAACUACCUACACCUGCACAAGAUCAUCCACAGAGAUCUCAAGUCUCCCAAUGUUUUGGUCACCAGCGACGACACUGUGAAAAUAUCUGACUUCGGAACGUCCAAAGAGCUCAGUGACAAAAGUACCAAGAUGUCAUUUGCGGGUACGGUGGCCUGGAUGGCCCCAGAGGUGAUCAGAAAUGAGCCUGUGUCUGAGAAGGUCGACAUUUGGUCAUUUGGAGUUGUAUUGUGGGAGCUGCUGACUGGUGAGGUUCCCUACAAAGAUGUCGACUCCUCUGCCAUCAUUUGGGGAGUUGGCAGCAACAGUCUUCACCUUCCUGUCCCCUCCACCUGCCCCGAUGGCUUCAAAAUCCUCAUGAAACAAACAUGGCAAGGUAAGCCCAGGAAUCGGCCUUCGUUCCGUCAGAUUCUCCUGCACCUCGACAUCGCCUCCGCUGACAUCCUCGGAACUCCUCAGGAGACCUACUUCAAGUCUCAGUCUGAAUGGAGGGAGGAGGUGAAGAAACAUUUUGAGAAGAUCAAAAGUGAAGGAACCUGCAUCCACAGGCUGGACGAGGAGCUGAUCCGGCGCCGCAGAGAGGAACUCAGACACGCACUGGACAUCCGGGAGCAUUAUGAGAGGAAACUGGAGAGAGCCAACAACCUGUACAUGGAGCUCAGUGCCAUCAUGCUGCAGCUGGAGGUCCGGGAGAAGGAACUAAUGAAGAGAGAGCAGGCAGUGGAGAAGAAAUAUCCCGGGACCUACAAGAGGCAUCUGGUCCGACCCAUCGUCAGGUCCAACGCUGUGGAGAAGCUCAUCAAGAAGAAAGGAAGCAUUUCCCACAAACCCGGGGCUCCCCCCACCAAAAGGCCAGACUUGCUUCGUUCUGAUGGCAUCCCCAGUGUUGACCCUCUCCCCUCCCCCUCGCCGCUGUCUGCCAGCCCAAAGGUCUCCACACCCCCCGGUAAAGCCCGUUACCGGAGCAAGCCUCGUCACCGCCGCGCCAACAGCAAAGGAAGCCACAGCGAGUUCCCCGGCGUGCUGAGGCCUGUGGCCGGGGCCCUGGAAGACACCCGGUCUCUCCAGGCGCAGCCGUUCCACCAUCUCCACCACCACCACCUCCUACCAAAUAAGGGGCCCUUACUUCCCUUGAAGGGCCGCGAGCAGGCUGUUGUCAACUGUGCCAACAACCUGCGCUACUUUGGCCCCGCCGCUCCCCUGCGCAGCCCUCAGACGGACCACCUGCAGCGUCUUGUGUCUGGAUCCGGCCCCGACCUCAUUUCCACUGCUGUGGAUGCAGACACGCGACAACGGACUUCAUCCACUGGCUCCGAUCCUGUCUCGGGUGCUGCCGCCAGUUCCUUGUGCCCCUGCUGCCAGGCACACCCCUUCCCUGGCUGCCUGCACUGUCAGGAGACCCCGCCUGCCUCCAGCAACCCAGAGCUACCUAACUACUCGCUGCUCGGCACCCAAGAAAGGACCCAGUCUUCUUUAGGGGCUCCCAGCAAGGAUCCAGCCUCGGACGGGGGGGCCUCAAAGAAGACCGAGCUACAGGAACAGGAGGCGUCCCAACACACACACACUCUGCCCAGUGCCCUGCCACACAACCUCAGACCGCUCAGGAAGGGUGAUGAGUCAUCUGAAGAGGAGGAGGGAGAGGUGGAUAGUGAAGUGGAGUUUCCAAGGAGACCAAGGCCUCAUCGCUGUAUGAGCAGCUUCCAGUCCUACUCCACCUUCAGCUCAGAGAACCUGUCGGUGUCCGACGGAGACGAGGGAAACACCAGCGACCGCUCCCACAGCGGGCCCCUGGAGAGGAUGAGCGCCAGUCAGGAGGAGCACCUGGACGAGCUGCUGUCCCACACACCGGACAUCCCCAUCGACAUCUCCACCCAGUCGGACGGCCUCUCUGACAAGGAGUGCGCUGUCCGCAGGGUCAAGACACAGAUCAGCUUGGGAAAACUGUGCUCAGAUGAACACAGCUACGAGAAUCCCCUGCAGUUUGGAGACUCAGACUGCGAUACGUCAGAAGCAGAGUGCUCCGACGCCACCAUCAGGAACAACAAAGCCGGGGCUCCUUCCUCGUGGUGAACACACGCCCCCCCCCCCCCCCUCCCCCCGGGGGCUCCGUUCUGUUUUUUGCCUGGAGGCCGCAGCGUCCCACUCUGCACCGAAGAAAAUAGCAAUAAAAGGACGACCUUGUAAACAUAGCUCCCUAUAGCAAAGCCCCAUGCAACCUCUCCCAGAGGCUCCCCCAAGCCCUUCCCUUCAUGAGCCCCACUCCCCCUCCUCAUCUCUAGCACAGCAUCCAGGCAAACCCAUGGCAGGGAUUCCCUUUUGAAUGAUACUGUACAGUAGAUAGUGUAACAUUCAUAAUUUAUUUUUGUCUUAGUUUUGAAGGAAAAUUCAGGAUCUCGGUACGUUCUCUGAUCCCAACAGAGAAAUAAAACUGACAUUUUGAGUGUGUGUGAGGGAGAGACUGGAUGAAGAUGCAGGUGAGGAUGAUGAGAAGGAUUAUGUUCUGAUCUAUCCGAGGCUGACAGCUGUGGGACGUUACAUCAUCGCGAUAGUCAGUCUCUGCACGUCUUUACACGUCCUCUGAUGUGGCCGCAGUCAGCAUCUUACUGCUUUAGACCCCAAACAACCAGGCCCUCUCUCAUACGACUGUCCAACUUACCUGCUUCAUCGUGACUUUACAGUACAGAGGCCCAGUGCCCUGCCUCAUUCCCACUUCCAUCCUGUACCCAACCAGGGCACAGGGGGCUCAUGAUAAAAAGCUUGAACACCAGCAUGAAACAACCUGCCUCGCAAACAGGACUUCUCCUCCUCCUCCUCCUCCUCCUCCUCCUCCUCCUCCUCCUCCUCCUCCUCCUCCUCCCUAAAACCAACAUUUGUGCAGACCCCACCACCCGCUGAACAGUCCAAGCAUGUCCAUGCAGCUCGCUAUACGCAAAACGCUGCCAGAAGACUGCAUGACGUGGACGAGCUAGCAGACCAACGGGGGGGGAUGAAGACUCGCAUGACAGCAGAUCAAAAAAAUAAAAGAAGAGACUCUCCCUCUCUGCCCUUGCUCAUCCCUCUCUCCAAGACACGCCAUCGUCAUCAUCAUCAAUCAGAUGUCAUGACCGGAGAUAUCGAGGGCGUUAUCAGCGUGCGUGUGUGAUUGGGUUCACGCAGCCCUCCCCUUGCCAUUACUCAUCACAGUUUCAAGUCUCAUCUCAGGAUCGUUGGAGGAUUUGAGAAACCAGACUGGACCAAUUAUUGUACGUAGGAAUGUUCUCCGAGCGGCUCGUAUAAUGGACCAUGCAGGAAUAUUCAAAAUAACGGUCUUACAGAUAGCCUCGAUGUUCAACUCUAUAUUGCUGGACAUUAAUGAUAUAAUAGAAAUGUAGUGUUUUAGUCGCAAUCCAGAUGCGGUAUCCCCAUUUCUUGAAAAUCAAGCGGUGUAGCGUCUCCCAUGUACCAUUUCCCAGCAGGAUUGUUCACAGCAUCGUAUGCGUAGUGUCUGAAAGAGGCAAAAAAACUAUGAUGUGCUGUGUUGACUAAAACAGCAAUAACACGAGUUGGUGCUCAGGUGUGAGAAAAAGUUGUGCUCACUCAGGACUUUGGGUCGUCUAGCUGGCUAGACACAACACAGUGGCUGUUGGCUAGAGGAGAGCAGCGUGUGUCAAACUGUUUAUUAUAGAUGGUAUAUUUUUAGAUUGACCCAUUUUUUUGUGAACUCACCUCUCCAGCGCUCAAUGCUCAGGGUUCAAUGUUGGUAGUAGAGAGCAGGAGCGAUUCCAUCAGCAGCCACUAGAUGGCGACAUCUGCAAUGACCUAGUUUGCCUUGUGUUAUGGCUUUUCGUUCCUUUUUCCUACCCAAGGUAAUUUCCCCAUCUAAAUCCCAUUAAUAUUAGGUUUUUCGUGCGGUUGCUAUUGAAAGGGGAUACUGCAUCUGUGAGAGCUUUAUUUUUUAGCCCCGUCUGAGAGUUUUUCAUUCACCCUAAUGAUUUUGCUCGUAGAAAAAUAGCCAGCCAGGGUUGAAUUUUAACGAAAACGAUGUCAAGAAUGCUCAAGUGUAUGCAGACAGCUGAGAUUCUACAUAAGGAAUACAAGCCAGAGACAAGGCCAGAGAGCAAUGAAAGCUCUUGGUUUUCAACGACCUCAUCUCAGUAUUAUUGUAUAUAAACACCUAUAUGUAAAUGUUAUGUGACCUGUUUUCUGUCCUCUCUCUCUCUUCAACGUAUGUAUCGCACAGCUCGGACCGAGCCUGUCGCCGACGACCAGCAGACUGGUUGAAUAUGAGCAGGAAGUUCUUUAAUCUGUAUCACAUCAGUAUUGAGCAUUUCGAGGGGGGGGGGUGGGGGGGUGGGUUACAAACCGAGUAGCACAAGGUGAAUCUAAACCUGUACAGAUGGAUAAAUUAGUUUUUUGUGAGUGGGAGCUUUGUAAAGGCUCAGCCCUGGUGCGGAGAACAGCUGCUGCCGUUCCUCAAGCCUCCUUUAACCUUCUUCAUCCUGUUUACGUUUGUGUGAAAUAACCUAGUGUGAAGUAAUGACUGGGUAAAUCUGAUCAAGCUGUUAUUAACGUUGUCUUUCUGGCAUAUAUCCUGUGAAGUAUGAUUGUUGUAAAGAUAAUUUAAUUUUGAUUCUUUUUUUUUUGUAGCUGGCCUACGUGAUUAUUGAAUUAAUUUAUUAAGAAUGACUGGUGAGGCGCAUUGUUCUUUUUAUUUUCAGGCAGCUUUAGAAAUGUUGUGACCUAUGAUUUCUCCUGAAAAGUAUUAUUUAAAGGAAGCACAAUGAAUUGGUGUGGGAAGAGGACAGUAUUUGUAUGCGAGAACAAAAGCAUUGUCAUAUCAUUGACUCUGCAGGGGACCAUUCAUCAUUUGCAUCAUCGCUGCGGACAAAGUAUUGAUUAUACAGACUUUACAUCAGUAAUUAGUAACACCAAGUGUUCCUAAAUCUUUUUUUAAUAUAUCGAUAUAGCUUCUAUGAAAUCACCUCUGUUUCAAACCAAAGGUCAAGUGACUGUCACAGCAGCAGAAGUGAGACUUCAAACCUGAAGACUUAAGUUCUGCCGAUUCCCGAACUUCUGCAGUGAUUCCCUUCCUCUCAUUUAUAGUCAAAAGUACCCGUUACUUACAUCUGAAUAUCAGUGCAUCUGUCUCCAACUGUGGACAUCAUGUCGCCUCAUCCCAUGCACCAAGCAUCUGUUUCUUUGUGGUUAUCAUUUCCGACUCCCUCAUCUUGUUGAAUGGCAUUACGAUCAACCAAUCCUGUCCGUUUCCUGUAUUAUCCAGUGUACAGUGCAACGGGUAUCUGGGAGAAUAAAAUCAGAGCAAACAACUGCAUGGAAUAAAUGCUGAUGUACUGUACCCAAA